ACUGAGGCGGAGCAUUAACUUUAAGUAUGAGUUCCCACAGCAGCCCACCACGAGUCCCCGAGCAAGUCCACUGGACAGUGAACCAUGCGAUACACUGGAAUAUUUAUAUCACUGCUUUCUUUUGUUUAUACAUGGGAGAAUCUUGAGGCAGCGAAUCCAGCUUUACCUCAUGUGAUGCGCUAUGAUGUGGUGCGACUCCGACCUCAGGCACUGGAAGAGCGAGUGAGAAGGAGCGCCUCUUCUCUCAAGAGAUAUCCUGAACAACUUGAAUAUGAUUUGGCUGUAGAUGGGAGGAACUUAACAAUAUCUUUGCAACGAAAUAGGGAGCUUUUAGGAAAACAUUACACCAUGUCACAUUAUACCGAAGAUGGAAUUUCAGAGACAAAGUCUUCAGACAAUAUUGAUCACUGCUACUAUCAGGGACACAUCCAGGAUCUUGAAGACUCUUCAGUCAGUGUCGGACUUUGCUCUGGAAUGGAGGGGUUUCUGAGGGUGAACAAUCAAGUUUACUUGAUUGAGCCCCUAGAACAGUCUUUGGAAGGGGACCAUGCUAUUUACAAGCAAGAGCAUUUAAGGACCAAGCAAGGGGCCUUUGGAUACAUUAAUGACACAGUCUAUAACCUUGGCCCUAAGUCUAGCGGGUUGCAUAAGAACAAAUAUAUGAAAAACAAAGCCCCCAGUGGAGGACAGCGGAUCAUUGAGAUGGUUUUGGUCGUUGAUCAUACGGAGUACAAGAAGUUUGGGAGUUUUAAGAAAAUUGAAGCAAGAAUGAUGUUGGUUGCAAAUCACGUAGACAAGCUUUACCGGCCGUUAAACAUGCGUGUCAUGUUGGUUGGACUUGAAGUUUGGUCUCAAAGAGACUUGAUUGAUGUCAGCAAUAUACCAAAUCUUACUCUGGAACGUUUUUUACAAUGGCGUCAGGAUAGCCUGCUCAAAAGAAAGAAGCAUGACAAUGCCCAUUUUAUUACUGCUGUAGAUUUUGUUGGAUCAACGGUUGGGUUGGCUACAAUGUAUGCUAUGUGCUCUCCAUCCUCUGGUGCUGUGAAUGAGGACUAUAAUAACAAUUGCAUUGCAGUGGCUUCUACCGUUGCACAUGAAAUGGGACAUAAUCUGGGUAUGUCACAUGAUAAUCAAAACUGUGGAUGCUCCUCUAACAAUGGCUGCAUUAUGGGAGAUACCAUUGGGGCUAUUUACCCUGAUUCCUUUAGUACUUGCAGUCAAUCAUCCUUGAGGACAUUUUUGCAGAACUAUGACAGCAGCUGUCUGCUAGACGUGCCGAAUGAGCGUGAAUUAUAUGGAGGCCCAGUGUGUGGAAAUGCUUUUGUUGAAAAAGGCGAAGAAUGUGACUGCGGAACUGUUGAGGAAUGCAACAAUCCCUGCUGCAAUGCCUCCACCUGUCGACUGACCGAAGGUGCCCAUUGUGCACAUGGAGAGUGCUGCCACAAUUGCCAGCUGAAACAUUUAGGUAGCCUGUGCAGAAAGAGUGCUCACGACUGUGAUUUGGAUGAGUACUGUACAGGAGAGUCGGUCUUCUGUCCUGAAGAUGAGUAUAAGAUGAAUGGACUCCCCUGCAAUCAUAAUCAGGGCUACUGUUACAAUGGACAAUGUCCAACACAAAAGGAACACUGCAAGAUGCUGUGGGGAUCAGAUGCUGAGGUGGAUGCUGACACCUGCUUUCACCAUAAUGUAAUUGAUGGAACCUCCAAGAGCAUUGAGCACAGUAAAUGUGGGAAAAUAUACUGUUAUGGGGGAAAUGAAUUCCCCAUAACCAUGAACAAAUAUGUACUAACUUUACCAUCAAAAAUCUGCUACAUGGCUGUGGAUCCCUCGCCCACAGAAGACUUAGGGAUGGUUCCAGCAGGCUCCAAAUGUGGCACUAAUAAGGUGUGUUACACCAGCCUGUGUCAAGACAUUAGUAUAUACGGCACUGAGAACUGCUCUGAUAAAUGCAACAAUCAUGGGGUGUGUAACCAUGAGAGGAAGUGUCACUGCGAUCCAGGCUGGGCACCACCCCAUUGUGAUGUCCAACUCUCAGAACUUUCAAAAAAAAGAAAAGCUGUGAUAAUAGGUGUGUCUGCAUCUGUAGUCAUCCUUGGACUGAUCAUUUUAAUUGGAGCACUGGUGUGUCACAGGAACAAAAUAACAGAAUUUAGAAAGAAAAGGUCUUUGAAGGACAUCCACACUUCCUCAGGACAGUGCAAUCCGGCAUUCCUACCAGGAAGUGCAAAGAACAGCCCCAGAUGUGCAAAACCACGUAUCAGUCAGCCAACUUUCCUUGACUCAUCCACUACUCUGGCCUGCAAACCUCUCUAUUCUCCGGCUACACCCUGGAGACCAGCACCAUUGCCUCCAAAGGAUGCACCACAAACUAGGAAAGAACAGAUUGUGAAACCCUCUGCCCCACCUCCUGGCAUUUCCAGAAACAUGUAUCCUGCUCAGGAAAAAACUCCAUCUAAGUCUCCAACUAAAUCACCACCAUCUAAACCACUUCCUCCAUCAAGACCGUUACCGCCACUGGUGUCUAAACCUGUGACUAAGUCAAAACAGCCUCCAGUGCCUCCAGUGAAACCUACUGGGAUGCAGCCAGUAUUCACUCCACCUCGGGUAAUCCAGAAAGUUGCACUAAAACCUCCUGCCAGGCCCAGAUGAUCUGGAACAGUAUUAGUUACCAUGAAUCACUGGGAGUUUCAGAAGAAGAAGUCUAAACUGAAAAAAGCUCAUCUUUCUUUGUGGUAUUGAUCUGAAUAACAAGAUGCAGUUAAAGAUGGUAAAACAGAAUAAAGCAUUUGCACUCUA